AUGUUCGUCAAUCGUCGCCCCGUUGAACGCGAGUCACCGAGGGGCGGCGCCUUCGCGCGCAAGAAGGUGCUCACUUACGACGAUGAGUAUUUUGAGAGCUUGGAAUUGGAGCUUGAGCUGCAGGACAAGGCGAGGGCCGCGUUUCGGGAGCGCUCAGACUGGGUGUGUCUACGCUCAGAGGCUGGUUGGGUCGUGCGAUCUACCCCCGCUUGCGCGACGCAUGAAGAUUUCAGACGAGGCCAUAUGGCGCACUCGGGUGUUGCCGCGGAGGCGUUGGCCCUCGUAUUCUACUACAUGGCGGCCGUAGAACACUUAUCUGGUGACGAGAUCGAAAGGUACUGGCGCGCCGUUGACUACUAUUUUGAGAAGAGACAAGACGAUCCAUAUGAUGAAGGCCUAUGGCACAACGACGAAGGCGAAUGGAGAGGGAAUCCCGCCACAUCGCAGGUCGUAUGCCUCGCCAUCAAUCGCGCUCAUCAAUUGGACGCGGAAAUCGAGCCGAACGUUAGAAAGGCUGCCCGAGCGGCGUUUCUAGAGCGAGAGGCUCGUGCUCGCGCGCGCGAGGCGGCUGCAAAGGCUCAACGGUUGGAGUACGUGGAGGUAUAG